AUGUCCAUCUAUCAGCGCUUUUUUGAGGAGUCCAAUGCGAUUGAACCGAAGGUCGCAGGUCUCUAUGACCUCGGACCGACUAUAGGCCGGGGUCACUACGCAGUCGUCAAGGUCGCACAGCACGUCUUUACUGGUGAAAAAGUUGCAGUCAAAGUGAUUGACAAAACGAAGUUGGACGCACCCUCCCGAGAGCAUCUCUUUCAGGAGGUCGUCUGCAUGAAACUUGUGCAGCACCCCAACGUGGUUCGACUUUACGAGGUCAUUGAUACUGUAAAUAAACUCUACCUCAUCCUAGAACUGGGAGAUGGAGGUGACCUCUAUGACUACAUCAUGAAGCAUGAGCAUGGACUCUCCGAGAAAUUGGCAAAGCGCUACUUCCGACAAAUUGUUACAGCUAUUUCCUACUGUCACAAUCUCCAUGUUGUCCAUCGCGAUCUUAAACCCGAAAAUGUUGUCUUCUUUGAACAACUGGGUGUUGUUAAGUUGACUGAUUUUGGUUUCAGCAAUCAAUUUGUCCCUGGAAAGCAAUUAGAUACAUUCUGUGGUUCUUUAGCCUAUUCCGCUCCAGAAAUACUCCUUGGUACUAAGUACGACGCUCCCAAGGUCGAUAUAUGGUCAUUAGGCGUAAUUCUAUUCAUGCUUGUCUGUGGUCGCUUGCCUUUUGAGGAGGCGAAUGAUAGUGAGACACUAACGAAAAUCAUGGAUUGCGAGUAUCACCUGCCACCUCACUUGUCGCCUCAGUGCUGUUCACUCAUUUCACGCCUGCUCAUCCGCGAUCCGGCCAAACGUGCUACAUUGGAGGAGGUCCUUCAGGACGAGUGGCUGCAAAUGGCUAGUGAAGAGCUUCCAAUCGGUCUAUUUUCAGUCCCCCUAAUCUCACAAGAGCAUCUUCAGUUCGAAGAUCACAUGGAGAUUUUGAAUAAAAUGGCGUCUGGUGGACUUGCUACAGUGGAUGAGAUUCAACAGGCUCUUGAUCGUAACGAGUACUCCCAUAUUUCGGCAACAUAUUUUCUUCUGGCCGAGCGAAAGCUGAAAAGGAACUACAUAGAGGAAUACAAACUUCUUUCAGCUCAAGCAAAGGCUAUUGAACAAACUCUGAACCUACAGCAGAAAACACAACUUCAGCCUGCUGUUGAGCAGUCUGAAAAGUCUCAGACCCGAUCGGCGGUCCUUCCAAAAUCAAUCUCUGCCUCACUGGCAGCCUCUGGUGCUGAGGAGCGGCUUCGGCGUUUUUCUAUGAUCCUCGAGGAUGAGGAGGAGAAUGAUGAGGAGGCACCUGUUUCUGCUGUUGGGGUGUGUAGUAUGGAGCACAGACUUGCAGAUGAGAUCAACUUUAACGAAACAUCUGAUGAAGCCCUUCUUCAUGAGGAGCAGGAGGAAUUUGAGGCUGUUGCCAGUCUCGCUUGCGUUCGUUCUGAACUACUAUCGGAACUUGAGACUAAUGAUGUCGGUGCGGCUUCAGAUCUACAUGCGCUAGACCUGGAACCGGCAAAGUAUUUUACCCGGCCAAACUCGAGAGCGGAUCUAUCUGAAAGAGUCGCUUCGGAGACCUCGUUAAAUGCUGGAGUCGGAGACACUGGUCGUCGGUCGGUCUCUUCUUUACUCAUGUCUCGUAACUUCCGUUCUGCUCGACCCUCUUUGCGUCCGUUGAUCUCUGUUAAAAGUAGUCCCCAGUUGCUUGAUUAUAUAGCCGAGGAGGAUGUUGAGUGGAAGGUUCCGUCUGAAAAUGAGGAGGGACUGCCUAAACCUCCUCCGAAUCCCUUUCUUACUGCUAUUAAACAGCCGCGUCAGACCUCCGUCAACAGGAAGUCCAUGAGCUCCAUUUACGCGAAUCGAAGUUCCAUGCCACGUGCACGCAGUCCUCCUUGGUCCACAAGAAAGUUUUACUCUGGUUCAGCGGCAAGUUUCAGCGCCACUUCUUCACGGCCUCUCAGCGGUGUCAACAUGUGGCCAGCUGUAGAUCGAAGGUGGCGGCAGUCAUCAUCAGGAGCAGGGAAUCUGUUUCUCACCUCACGACAUACUCCUAACAAUUUCAUUCGGCCUGCUAACACAUCCACUGUGCGUGACAACCGACGACGGAGCGGUCCACCCGGCUUUUCCGUCUUAGGACAAGGUAACAACAGCGCAUCUGCUCAUUUGAGCCUCCUUCGGAUGAGUCUUAACUUCACUACCGGCCGCUCUGUCGUUGAGGCACCCGAUCGUGAUCUACCAAAGCCCAUCCUUGAACUUCCUAUGUCGGCUUUGGAAGAGACGCCACCGCCUCAGGAGGGUGAUACCUCCAAUGCUAGAUUCAGUGGUUCUUGCCAAUCUGCUCCCAACAUUCUUGAUCAUCUCUUUAUCAAACCUCCUGUCGCCACAGAUGUCUGCGCUCCCAUUCGAGAAGAAGAGGAUGAAAACAAGACUCAUAGUCCUUCCAAAGAUGAAGAUGAAUUGAAACCAUCGUCUCCACAUUCCUCUCUCACUCCAAAAACUUCACCGGCUAUCCUUAACAGUCACCGUUUAUCUGCGAUCUGGUGUGCUGCACCGCCAACAUACGUACGCACAUUGAAUCGACAGCAGAAUGGUCUCACUUCGUCGAAUUUCUCACUAGCGUCCUUGGCUAGUAGUCUCCGGGAUUCACGCCACGUGGUAGAUGUUCUUAGGGGCACCUAUGAGCUGCAAAUGCAGUCGCGGCGCCGGACGGGUGGAUUUCCUCGAAUCUCGACUGGUUCCAGUUUUGACGGACUUCCUCCACCACCCUCCACCUCACCCUUGGUGCGGAGUCUGACCCUGGUAAAUCAGUCAGGCAUGUCUGUGUCGGCGAACGCUUCUUUGCGGCGACCUCGGAUUAACGCUCCCCAACCUGCUCUACGACAAUCCUCUGCCUCUCCACCUCCCCGAAUAGCCACUGCUCCUUCAACUACUGCAUUCAAGGCGCAUCUCCUUAAAAACUCUCCAACUCCGAACGGAGACACACGUUAUCCAACCUCAUCGGCGUCAACCGAUUCCAUGCCUGUGGCGAACUCCUUCUUCUACAUCCCUUCUUCCAAUAACUCCCUCUCUACUACCACCACAACUGCUACUGCUACCAUUACGAAGAUAGAUUGCAACCUUCCACCUGCACUUCCAUCACCUCCGCCUCCCAUUCCUGAAGAGAGUUCUUUAAAGCCUACUCGAUUUCUUGCUAUUUCCAAAGGGAAGUUCUACCCUUUGUACGAUGGAGGCGGCGUCAGAAGUGGUGCUAUCUCGCAUUUCCGACUCAGGAGGAGUUUGUGGAAGUCCCAAAAAGGCCGUGGUGGAAAUUCCACUAGCUGUUGCCACAUUUCUUAG